GAAAGAAAGUACACUUUAUUUAGCAUGAAUGUAAUCUGUAGCCAAGUCAUUUUGCUUAGUUUUUUAACCCACAUUUUUUUGUCAGAUACUUUUUAAUCUAGUAGAUUUAGGAUGCAACCCCUUUACUUCGGCUCGCGGCGAUGACGUCACAACCAGCGCGCCGUUUCAUUCAGAUAGUGAGGUCUGCUGAGUUCAUUUAUAUAGCAGUCCUCCUGCAAUAAAGCUUUACCAGUAAAUGCUGAAAUAAUUCCAUCAACCAAGAAGUGAAGCAAAUUUUGUGAUAGAACAUGAGUGAUCCAGGAGCCUGCACAAUAAAACAGGAAGAUACUGAAGAACAAAUAGACUCAUUAAAAGAGAAAAAAGAGAUUGAAGAUCUAAUUAUCAGGGGAGAGAAACAUCACAUAAAAACAGAAGAAAACCUUGACAGUAUUUCAUCAAUAAGUGAAGACAAUCCAUGUUUCACAUGCCCUAUGUGUGCAAACACUUUCUCAUGUGUGGAAAGUCUUAAUCUUCACAUUAAGAUUCAUAAAGAAGUGAAGCCACACACAUCUGAUCAACAUGAGAAGAUUUCCAAAACAGAAAUUACAGAUAAUAUAAAGGUCCAUGCUGAGGAAACGGUGUACAAUUGUGAUCAGUGUGACAGGACUUUCACAGAUAAGAGAAAUUUAGCCGCACACAUGAAAUUUCACAGCGGAGAGAAGCCCUUCAUGUGUGAUCUGUGUGGGAAGAGUUUUCUUUAUACAGGUACAUUAAAAAAACACCGGAAAUUACACAGCGCUGUGAAGAAUCAAGUCUGCUCCAAGUGUGGCAAGAGCUUUUUCACAUUCAGUCAAUUAAAAAUCCACCACACAGCUCACGCUACAGAAAAACCUUUCAAAUGCCCUGACUGUGGCAAGGCGUUCAAAUCAUUACAGUGUCAACGAAUACAUGAGAUGAUCCACCGUGGAGAAAAGCCAUACAAGUGUGAUCAGUGCGAGAAGACUUUCAGACUGAAGAAAAAUGUAGAUUUACACAUGAGAAUCCACACUGGAGAGAAGCCGUACACGUGUGAUCUUUGUCAAAGGAGUUUUUCUAGAAAGGAUUGCCUUAAAGUUCACAUGAAAAUCCACACUGGGGAUAGGCUGUACACCUGUGCUCCGUGUGACAGGACCUUCACAAAUUUUGGAAGUUAUAGCGCACACAUGAAAGCUCACAGCGGAGACCAGGCGUACACAUGUGAUGAAUGUGGAAAGAGUUUUCGCAAUGCAAGUGCAUUUAAAAGACAUCAGAAAAGACACAGCGGUGUGAGGGAUCACGUUUGCACUAAAUGUGGCAGGAGUUUUUUCACAAAAAAUGCAUUAAAGGUGCACCAAACUAUUCACACUUCUGAAACGCCUUAUAAAUGUUCACACUGUGAGAAAAGUUUCAAACGGCAAGAAUACGUAAAACUGCAUGAAAAGAUCCACAGUGGGGAAAAGCCGCACGCGUGUGAUCAGUGUGGGAAGAGUUUUAAUAAAAUGGCCUCCUUAAAUAUGCAUAAGAAAAUACACCGAGGUUUGAGGGAUCGUGUUUGCUCCAAGUGUGGCAAGACAUUUUUUACAAAUAAUGCUUUAAAGGUGCACCAGUCAGUUCACACUACAGAAGCGCCCUAUAAGUGUUCAUACUGUGAAAAGGCAUUUAAAUUGUCACAAUAUCUGAAAACACAUGAGAAGAUUCACAAAGGAGAACAUCCGUACACGUGUGAUCAGUGCGGGAAGAGUUUCAGAAAUAAAGAAGGUCUAGACACACACAGCACGAUCCAUACCGGAGAGAAGCCGUUCACAUGUGAUCGCUGCGAGGCCAGUUUUGCCAGAAGGGAAAGCCUUGCUAAUCACAAGAAGAUCCACACCGGAGAGAAUCUGCACAAAUGUGAUCAGUGUGGGAAAAGUUUCAGAAGAUUGAGUGUUUUAAAGGAUCAUCUGCUGACUCAUACUAGAGAGAGAAUCUAUAAAUGUAAACAGUGUGAUAAAAGCUUUUUCAGGCCAAGUUUUCUGAGGGAACACCGAAAAGUUCACACAGAUGAGAGGCCAUACGUGUGUUAUUUGUGUGGGAAGAGUUUUCGUUAUACGAGUGGAUUAAAAUCACACCAGAAAAGGCACAGCGGUGUGAAGGAUCAUGCUUGCUCUGAGUGUGGGAAGUCUUUCUAUUCUGCUAGUGCACUAAAAGGUCACCAGUCAGUUCACACUACAGAAACGCCUUAUAAAUGUUCACACUGUAACAAAAGAUUCAAGCGGUUACAAUAUCUGAAAAUACAUGAGAAGGUCCACAAACAGUGAGUGAGUUCUGAUCCUGUAUCUAUUACUAUGAUGUUGUGCAGAGCUGAUUAUUUGGAUAAUUGAGAUAUUAAAUGAUUAUUAUUCAUCAGCUUUAGUCAUUGAUUCAGAUGUUUACCCAUUCUCAAUGUUUAGUAUUAAGAAAAUCAUUUCUGUUUUUGAGCUUGUGUCUUGUUGAGGAAGCUGAACUGACCAAUCUCUUGCAGGUUCAAUGCACCAACUGCUGUGAAAAAUAUUCAGACAGACAAGAAUAAAUUUGAAAACCUCAACCUUUAUUUAAUUUUUCUUUGCAAAAAUGUAAAGCAGUGUGCUGAAUUAGUUUGAGUGACACAAUGAUGAAAUUGAAGUUUGUAAUCUCUGCAUUGGUAAAGUGUUGUGAGGGUUUAUGCAGAAAUGCUUUUGCUUGACUGUGAGAACAUAAAUGAGUUUAAAAUGAGUUUUAUUGAGCUAACAAUACCAAAUGAAAAAGAUUCCUGAUUUAUAUGCAGUGUUGCAUUUGUUUACAUUUUUUUUCAAUGUGUCUUAAGAGUUUGAAAUUAAAGGGAAGCCCAUGGAUGUCAAUGAGAAACAUUUGGAUAAAAGUUUAGUGGUUACCUUGCAGAUAAUUCAGCCCUUAAUAAAGCAAAUAAAUAUCUUA